CAAUUCAUGUUUCAGCCUUAUGGCACUCUUACAGGCUUGGGAUAGCCAUCAACAAAGAUAACAAGGUACAAGAGAUCUGACAUGACAGACCUAAAAGAAAUGAACAACCAUGGUAAUGGUGGGGCUUACCCAUCACCCCCCGAGGCUGAGGAAAAGGAGGAAAAUCUCAGUGUCUCCAUAGAGGAAGGCCAGCCCCCCAGCAGGAAAUGUGCUGCUCUAAGGUCAUGCUUUCACAAAUGUAGCAAGCCUGUCAGUACAAAGUACCACCCUCUCUCCGAAAACCCAGGGAAACUCGAGCGAUUCCGAUAUGCUUUUAUGUGUCCACCACAUGGAAAUCUUGCCAUGUAUAUACAGUUUUUUCUGCUAUGCGCCAUGACUUGGGCAGUGCUUGUUGCUGUAACCAAAGAUGAGGCCCUACCAGGGGGCAAUUUCUUUUCUCUAGUCAUUCUCUUUACAGCAGCUGUAGCUGGGGGAUAUGUGUUCUCUCUAGUCCGUUUGCCUCCUUUAUUGGGUAUGCUUAUUGUUGGGGGUAUGCUGAGUAACAUUCCUGUUGUUAAGACAGUGGGCCAAGGAUUGGACUUGCAGUGGUCUGGGGCUCUUAGAAAAAUAGCAUUAACUGUGAUCUUGAUCCGAGCGGGUCUUGGCCUGGAUCCUGUGGCUCUCAGGAAGUUGUCUUUUACUGUACUUAGACUGGCUUUUACCCCUUGUCUAACAGAGUGCCUAGCAGAAGCUGUAGCAUCCCACUUCCUGUUGGGGUUGCCAUGGGAAUGGGGAUUUAUGUUAGGAUUUGUCCUUGCUGCAGUGUCUCCAGCUGUUGUGGUACCCUCCCUCCUCAAUCUAUCAGACCGGGGCUAUGGUUUAGACAAAGGCAUUCCUACUCUAGUCAUUGCAGCAGCCAGUGUGGAUGAUGUUUUGGCCAUCACAGGUUUUGGGGUGGUACUUGGAAUAGCCUUCACUCAAGGAGACCUAGCACUGACCAUUGUAAAAGGUCCGUUAGAAGCUUUGUUGGGUGUAGCUUUCGGGUGUGUGCUCGGGGUCUUUCUGUGGUACUUUCCAUCCAAAAAUGGAUCCAAUAAAAUGUUUUACCGGUCCAUGCUGUUAUUCGCUGCUGGACUAAUGGCCACGUUUGGGAGUGAUGUGGUCCAUCUUCCGGGGGCUGGCCCCCUCGGAUGUUUGACCCUGGCUUUUGUCGCAGCAUUCAGAUGGAGGAAAGAAAGAGAGGAGGGACAGCCUGACACCAUUGCAGAGGUGGUAGGAAUUCUCUGGAUGUUGUGUCAGCCAUUACUGUUUGGACUUAUUGGGGCAGCGGUCAACUUUGACAGCAUAAAGGAUCUCAGCACACUAGGUCUAGGUAUAGCUGUGUUGGCUAUCGGGCUUGUGGUAAGAAUUGCUGUAUCAUUCUGUGUGGUGUUUGGAUCUGGCCUUACCCUCAAAGAACAGUUAUUUGUGGCCCUUGCCUGGUUUCCCAAGGCAACAGUUCAGGCUGCUAUUGGUGGAUUAGCCCUGGAUGCCGCCAUAAAAAUGGGAGACCCCACACUGAUUAAUCUUGGAACUAGUAUACUUACUACAGCUGUGCUCUCUAUCAUUAUUACGGCCCCUAUCGGUGCCCUAGCGAUUGCUGUUUCAGGCCCCCUCUUACUAAACAGAAUAGACCCCAAAACAGGAAAAGUGGUGUCUAAAGACAGUGAAGACCCCGAAAAAUCUUCCAUGUUAGACCAGGGACAAAAUGAAAAUGUGGAGGGGCCACAAUGAGUCUGUUAAAUGUUAAAAUGUAAUAACUGUAAAUAUAGACACUACCUCAAUCCAAAAUAAUUAUUUUUUAAACUUUCAUAUACUUAAUCUAAUCAUGUAUGUCAUCUG